GAGAAAGAGAAUGUGAGACGUAGGCAGUAUCACAAAGUCUCUGUCUCACAUUCUCUUUCUCAACAACACUCAUAAUGAGUUCUUAGGUUUUUGUUACAGCAGCCGGUGUAUUAAUAGGUAUAAAUAAUUCAACUACUAGAAGUUCGUUGUAUAUAAUUAAGAACUACGUAUUUCAUAUUUAUGUGUACCUAGGUAGACAUCAAGACAUAGUUUCUACUUGUUCUAUCGAUGAAGCUGCCUCCAAAAAGAAAACUCAAACACUUCUUCUAUGUCUAUCGUCUACAGCUUCUCGUGGUGCACUUUUUGCUUCUUCCGAAUAGAUUUUGCUUUUUGUUUGCAUCAUCUCUGCGUUUGACAGCAAGUUCUUUACCGAGGACACGCAGAGUCGUAGAGGAUGACUGCUGCAUUUUUGGGGAAGCGCUAUCUAUUAAGGGUAGGCUAUCACUAUCCCAUUUGAACUAUACUAAGUGGAGCCCUCUUUGAUUUAACGGGGAAACUAAGGAGUAAAAAGAGGAACCCACCCAACCAGGGAUAGUGAGAAAACACCUCGAAAGCUGAAGUCGGACGCGCCGUCUCAGACUCGCCGGCUAAUGUAUGAUCAGAAGCAUAGCAAGAAGAUCCCCUGCUUGUAUUUUGAUUUUGCGUAAUUAAGUACUUAGAUGAUACUAGCAUUAGCACCCUCUUCCCCACGAAGUUGUUCAUGAUAUUCAUCUUGGUUAAUACUGCUUCUUGUUCAUACCGCAAUAGACGAAGUCGCGCACCGAUUUUUCUGAACCACAACCCGCACGCUGCUCCUGGCAUCCUGAGAGGAGCAUCACCAGCUUGUAGUCCGUUGAAUAAUGGAGGUGGAGAUGCAUUUGCACAAGUUAAGGCAAGCAAUCCUCAACACCGUCAUCCUUGCUCGGCAACGACGAGAAAGCAUCCCCUCAGAUCAUCACCCUUGGUCUCCUUUUCCAGGUUUUCAAGGGGACAAAGAAUGAAAGGCUCAAGGAUAUCAUGUCUCUCAAGGAAGAUGCAAACGCUGCAGCUCUAAACAAGCUGGCAACUACCUUGCUUGUGCAAUGGGGUCGCCUCAAAAUGCUGCGCCACCCAAUACUGCUGUCUCCGCCAUCGACCUCGCCAUCCGACAAAACCCUCAUCGACCAGUGAUCGCCGGGACAAGAGCCGGCUACGUCUGUGAACAUGCUUUUCAUGCUUUAGUUAAGGCUUGCUUACGCUGUGGUCGUGUUGGUGAGACAAUCAAUUUCGUUCCAUGAUAGAUCUGAGUACUUCUAUUAAGUACCUAUAAUCAUGUGGAUGUGGAAUUUUAUUUGGUGCACUUGCAUCGUCUGAGUGGAAGAAUCUAACUGGUAUAGAUCAUUGUUCUUCUGUUCACCUUCUCCACAACAAACGUUCUUCUGGGUAAAAAGCUCGUGAUCAUACUAUAUGUGCCAACUGCUUGGUAAACAAGAAGAAUCAUAACAUCACAAUCAAACUUCAUCUACCACCGACCUCCUCCUCUAAUUUUCGGACAUGUUUAUGUUGCAUCCCGCGACUUUUCUGCUGUUGUUUUGGAGACGUAUGUGCGUGGUUCACAAGUCUCCAGUUCCGCAGACGUUAUGGGUUUACGAACAUGUGGGGAGAUGAUACUCAUUUUCACGUUUGACAUACUCUUUUUCACGUUGUUUGUCUUUGCUUAUCCUUUGUAUUUUUUCCCUAGUUCUUAGGUCCCGUUCCACCACAAAAUUUAAUAACUUACCCUUUCUCGUCCUCACAACAUACUCAAUCAUUUUCACAUAUUAUGUCAUAAGUUACAGUUCGUAGAUCAUACAAAGAUUUUCAUGAAAGAAGAAGGAUCGAUGUCGUCAAGUCAUUUUUGUGAGAUUCUGAUGGAACAAUAUUCGAGAAUAUUGCAGUGAAAAGUCCUGCAGUUCGUCUCCUUGAGCAGUUUAAUGAUGAACAGGACAGAGGUUUGCGAAAUGAAAAUGAUAAAAUCAACCUACCUUGCCCUUGGUGCGGUGUAUUAGCUAGUACGACCUGGUUGUAUUCUUGUGAACAUGAUACAUUAUCCUUAUCGAGAGCGAAUGUAAAG